GCGGGUGGUGCUUUUGCAUUCGCGCCUCCUGCGAGCUAACCGCUAUGGCUCCUGUGGCUACAGCUCUGGGCUCUUUGGUAACGAGUCUGUACGACGUGCAAGCUUUCAAGUUCGGGGACUUCGUCCUGAAGAGUGGACUCUCCUCCCCCGUCUAUAUCGAUCUGCGAGGCAUUGUGUCUCGACCGCGUCUUCUUAGUCAGAUCGCUGAAAUUUUAUUCCAAACUGCUCAAAAUGCAGGGAUCGCCUUUGACACUGUAUGUGGAGUGCCUUACACAGCUCUACCUUUGGCUACAGUUAUUUGUUCAACUAAUCAAAUUCCAAUGCUUAUUAGAAGGAAAGAAGCCAAAGAAUAUGGUACUAAACGUCUUAUAGAAGGAGCCGUUAAUCCAGGUGAAACCUGUUUGAUAAUUGAAGAUGUUGUUACUAGUGGUUCUAGUGUUUUGGAAACUGUUGAGGCUCUUCAGAAGGAGGGCCUGAAGGUCACUGAUGCCGUAGUGCUGCUGGACAGAGAGCAAGGAGGCAAGGACAGGUUGCAGGCACUGGGCAUUCGUCUCCACUCAGUGUGUACAUUGUCCAAGAUGCUAGAAAUUCUUGAGCAACAGAAAAAAAUUGAUGCUGACAUGGUUGAGAGAGUGAAGCAGUUUAUUCAGAAGAAUGUUUUUGUGGCAGUUAACCAUAAUGGCUCCCUCUCAUCAGUAACGAAGGCACCCAAAGAACUCAGCUUUGCUGCGCGUGCAGAACUGCCUGGGAUCCACCCUGUGGCCUCAAAGCUUCUUAGGCUUAUGCAGAAGAAGGAAACCAAUUUGUGUCUGUCUGCUGAUGUUUCAGAGUCCAGAGAGCUGCUACAGCUGGCACAUGCUCUUGGACCCAGCAUCUGCAUGCUCAAGACUCACGUAGAUAUUUUGAAUGACUUUACUCUGGAUACAAUGAAGGAGUUAACAACUCUGGCAAAACGCCAUGAGUUCUUGAUAUUUGAAGAUCGAAAAUUUGCAGAUAUAGGGAACACAGUAAAGAAGCAGUAUGAAGGUGGUGUCUUUAAAAUAGCUUCCUGGGCUGACCUAGUAAAUGCUCACGUGGUGCCAGGCUCAGGAGUUGUGAAAGGCCUGAGAGAAGUGGGCCUGUCGUUGCACCGGGGGUGCCUGCUCAUCGCAGAAAUGAGCUCCGCGGGCUCCUUGGCCACUGGGAACUACACGAAAGCUGCAGUUAGAAUGGCUGAGGAACAUUCUGAAUUUGUAAUUGGCUUUAUCUCUGGCUCUCGAGUAAGCAUGAAACCAGAAUUUCUUCACUUGACUCCAGGAGUUCAGCUAGAAGCAGGAGGGGAUAAUCUUGGUCAGCAGUAUAACAGCCCACAAGAAGUUAUUGGCAAACGAGGUUCUGAUAUCAUCAUCGUAGGUCGGGGCAUACUAACAGCAGCUAAUCGACUGGAAGCAGCUGAGAUGUAUAGAAAAGCUGCUUGGGAGGCUUACCUGAGUAGGCUUGGUGUUUGAAGGUUUUGGAUACACUUCUGUGAGGAACCCUGUGUUACUGAGUGGCUUAUCGAUCGCUGUUACAUCAUAGUUUAUUUACAGGCUUUCUUUUACUGAGUCUGGUGUUGGCUGGCAAUUGUAUCCUCAAAUUUGGAAGCUAAUUCUAGAUUCUUUAAAUAGCCACAGACGUUUAAGAUAAUAAGAAGCCAAGCUCCAUACACCAUUUCUUGUGUCUAGUGUGAUACUCCAGUAUCCAAAAGGGGGCACAGUGACCAUAGCAGAGCGUGUGCAGGCCACGCGUGGUCAGUCAACAGUUGUUCCGUCUGUUUGCCCUACUCUAUCUGGCCAUGCUGAAAUGUACAGGUGAAAAGCAGUCUGAUUUAACUCCUUGUGUAAGAACAGCCUUUCACAGAUAAUCCAUGUCUGCUGCUUACUACCAAGAGCCCACAAUUACAACGUUCUGUUUUAAAGAUACCUGUCAACCAGUCCAAAUUUUUCAAACGACCUAAGCUUAUAUAGCAAUACCCUGACCCAGGGACCACACCUUAUCCUUUGAUUGUUACCCCAAUUCUAAUUUAUGUUAUGUUCUCAAAUAAACCUUAUGUGGAUUAGUCUGAU